UUGAGCACGGUUGGAAUUGGAAAAUGGCGGAUGGGCUGGAUGAUUUCCUGAGGCGGAACCGGGAGAUAGCGGACACGGUCGAGGGAUUGCGGGGUUUGUGGGAGAACGACAAACAUUGGCGGGCCCGUAAGGACUUCUUGGUCAGAAACUUGUCCGACUAUGGGCAGGAUCGCAUGGACUACUUAAUCGCACUCUCAAUGGUCUGGUCUAAUCACGUCUUCAUGGGCUGCCGUUAUAAUGAUGAAAUAAUGAGGAAGAUAUCAGACAUGGCAAUUGGAGUUGAAGUUGAAGAUGCACCUCAGUUCACCACUAGAGAUGAGAUCAUGAAAGCGAGACAUUAAAAGUGGAUGCAAUGUCAGAUGUUUUGAAAGUUCAUGUCCAAAGUUUUCCAGGAAGAAAUGUGCAAAUUGGAGGGCGUGAGGAUGAAGACUGAGAUUGAAUUGGGGAAGAAAACAAAGGAACGUUAAAUAAAUGUGCUGAGGCUGUGUCUUCAAUAUGAUCAAAUUCAUUACAGAUAUCCGUAUCCAAUGGGGAAGAAAAUAACAGAAAAGAAAAUGUUAUGGUUCUCACAAAUUGUUGUAAAUGAGUAUUAACCAUGGAAAAAUCUAGUUAGGAGAGGAAAAUGGCAGUGGAAAAUAUAUGCGGUCAAUAUUCUUGCUUUAUUUUUAUAUUGGCAAAAAAAUGUUUCUUUCUCAAAAUGUGUCAGUAAAAUUGACCGUUCUUCUCUUUUUCACCCUGUAUUGAAAUAAACAACUGAUACUGUGAUGCCAUCUCA